CCCUCUGCAGCUAUCAAAGGCUUCAGUUACAAUCAGCCUGGUCAUUCCUGCAAAGACAUCCGGGACUUUGGAGAUUCCACUGGAGAUGGCGAGUACUGGAUCGACCCUGAGAAGAACGGAAAGCCUCUAAAGGUCUUCUGUGACAUGACAACUGACGGAGGUAAGACAUGGAUAUGUAUACAAAGACAAAGGAGAAAGAAAUUAAGAUAUGGGUUUUUUUAAUCACAAAACUGAUGAUAUUCUAUAAAAUAGUUAUCAAGAACAACUCAUGGAGUGUUAGCCUUGUGUCAGCUCAGGUUGUUGUUGGUUAUGUGAUUUUAUUAUGUAUUUUUUCUAGGAGGUUGGCUUCUUGUUUCCAAUGUUGUGUUUGAAAACUCACCCUCACAACAGUUUUCGAUAAAGUCAUCAUACCGCGAUAUCAACAACUGCCACAGAAAGACGAUGUUUCUCAGCCUAGAAGCAACAAGGGAACUGAGAGCACACUUGUCCUUCACUCAGCUGAGAUUCCACUGCAGUAAACAAAAAGGACGUACGUUCCACGUGACCACGGCGCCUAACAGCAACGGUGAAGCUGUAAUCAACUUCUUCAGCGGUCAGACAAACUCCCGACCAAAUUCCUGUGGCUCGUUUGUGAGGAUGAAGGAUGACAACUCGAUGUUAGCACAAAAUUGCCAGCAAUGGAAAGACCAAAAGUGGGGUGAUCAUAAUCCAAGUGAGAGUUGCAGAUACAAAGUAGUUGCAUUUGUCUAUGCAGGUUUUCACUGGCUACUGCAGACACCUAAAAGCUCUAGAUGGGAAUGCGACGACUACAAUACAAGUAAUGGUGGAGAAUUCUUUGAAUUAUUCCCUGGCGAUUUCUGGAAAGUCUAUGUUCGUUAA